UGUCUUAAAUUGUCUACCUAUGUUUUAUCUUUCCAGUGUCACUUGAAUGCUUUUGCUGCACGGGUGUGGCUGAUAUCAGCACGUGCAAAUCUAGAAUAACAUGUCAAAGUGGACAGGUGUGCUACAAUAAUAGAAUAAAUACGGGACAAUACGUAUAUGAUCUCGGAUGUGUCAAUAUUCGGAAUUGCGGAAAUCAAGGCAGUAUCCCAAGCACUAUAGUGGGUAGAUCUAUUUCAGUAAGGCAGACUCACGAUUGCCAUCAAUGCUGCUCUACCAACCUUUGUAACAGGAACUUGUGUGGACAUACUGAUAUUUUCACUGACUGUAAAGAUAUCCACAAAGAUCAUCCUACCUCUAAAAGUGGUAUAUAUAGCGUCAAUUUGUGGCAGUCAAGGAGAGCAAUAAAUGUAUAUUGUGAUAUGGACACCGAUCAGGGCGGAUGGACGGUAUUUCAGUAUCGUUUUGACGGAUCAGUCGAUUUUUACAGAAACUUUUCCGAAUACGAGCAAGGCUUUGGAGACUUGAGUACGGAGUAUUGGCUGGGUUUGAGAGAUAUUUAUGAGAUGGCCAGUCAGGGACAAACGGAUUUACGUAUUGACCUAGAGGCAGCAAAUGGGUCAAAAGGAUACGAAACGUUUCAGAACUUUCAUCUCUCUCCCAGGACAGCGUAUACACUUCGCCUUGGAUCAACAAUAGCUUCAUCUCGAAUUUCUAAGUACUUAAGUGAAAGUGUUGGUCCAUACCACAGUGGUCAUCCGUUUUCAACUUACGACCAUGAUGUUGAUGGAUUCGGUGGUAACUGCGCAGUGAAGUACCACGGUGCCUGGUGGUAUGACAGCUGUUACUAUGCCAACCUAAAUGGGCCGUACAUAGCACCCGGGACCUGGAAUGAGAAGGCUAUACGUUACAAGAGUUUCUUUGAUUACAGAUCUUUAAAGUCUGUCAAGAUGAUGAUGAGGCGGAAAUAAAAGUAAAAUGAAAAAAUGUUGUUC